CUGAAAAUCAAACAAACGAGCGAGAGAUCAAAAAAGUCCCAAGACGAGAGAGAGAAUCUGUGAUCUGAAAGGCUCCUUUAACCAUGGCGACUUUUGACGACGGAGAUUUCCCAGCUCAAACUCAUUCUCCGUCUGAACACGACGACUUUGGCUACGAUAAUUUCUCCGAAGCUCAGCCACCUCCGACUCAGCACCCAUCCGGUGGAUUCUCCUCUUUUAAUGGUGAUGGAGCUUAUGGAUCUGAGAAUCCUGCUUCCCCUAACGGCUACGGAUUUGGUGCUUCCUCACCUAACCAUGAGUUUUCCUCUCCUUUUGAGUCUUCCGCCAAUGAUGCUAACGGAAACGGCGGCGGCACCGACGACGCGAUCUUCGCUUCCGAUGGCCCCGUUCUUCCAGAUCCGAUUGAGAUGAGGGAGGAGGGUUUCCAACGCCGUGAGUGGCGCCGUCUAAACGCCAUUCACCUUGAGGAGAAGGAAAAGAAAGAGAAGGAGAUGCGGAACCAGAUCAUAACUGAAGCAGAAGAAUACAAGAAAGCCUUCUAUGAGAAAAGAGAGAAGACCAUUGAAACCAACAAGACUGAUAACCGUGAAAAGGAAAAGCUAUACUGGGCUAACCAAGAGAAGUUCCACAAAGACGUUGACAAGCAUUACUGGAAAGCAAUUGCAGAGCUAAUCCCGCGUGAGGUUCCCAACAUCGAGAAGAGAGGGAAAAAGGAUCCGGACAAGAAACCAUCAGUGAAUGUUAUCCAAGGUCCUAAACCUGGGAAGCCAACUGAUCUAGGGAGAAUGAGGCAGAUAUUCUUGAAGCUCAAGACAAAUCCCCCACCCCACAUGAUGCCGCCUCCUCCUCCAGCCAAAGAUGCCAAAGAUGGGAAAGAUGCCAAAGAUAGCAAGGAUGCAAAAGGUGGGAAAGAUGGUAAGGAUGCAAAAGGAGGGAAGGACGCCAAGGACUUAAAAGAUGGGAAACCUGCUGAUCCAAAGGCGACAGAGGAAAAACCUGCCUCACCUGCCAAAGACGCAAGUGUUGAAACAGCAAAACCCGAAGCUGCUGCCUCAGGAGAGGGAGAGAAACCUGUGGCUGUAGCUGAGGCUGAGGGAGCCAAGGCGGAGUGAAAAAUGUCUUUAGUAUAACUGUUGGGGGAUUAUUUGAUAUUGAAGUCACAAUAGCUGCGGGCGAAAUAAGAAGGGGUUAGUUAUGUGCGCAAAGAAGCUCUAUCUGUGGGCACAACAUUUCUUCUUCUGGAGAGAGAAUUUUUAGUCCUUUUGUUUUUUUUGGUUAUUAUUUUUUCAUUAUCAAUAUAUUUGUUCUGCAAAAAUUUGGUUAUUGUCUUGGAUGAUGAUGUUCACUUUAAAAUCAUUUUGGUUCCACUUAAUUUCAUUUAUGUGUGCACAUUUAUAAGAACUUUGAUCAGAAGUAAAGGUUGUUGGAUGAA